AUAAUUUUGCAUAGACCAUGUGCAUUUUAAAUAAAGAAGGGUGCAAUAUAUUUGAAAACGUUAAUAGUGAAGAGUAUAGCGAACCACUAGAUCUACUGAAAAAUAAUAUACUUGCAACUGACUUAGCAUGCCACUUUCGAACGAUAGAAAAACAGGAAGAAAUAGUUAGAAGUAAAUCUGACCAAAAUGUCUCUAAACGAAAGAGAUUAUUUCUUAAUAUGAUUAUGACAUGUUGUGAUCUUAGUGAUCAGACUAAGCAGUGGAAAGUUUCUAAAAAAACUGCAGAACAAAUUUAUGAUGAAUUUUUUUCACGUGGAGAUUUAGAAAAAAGUGUGGGUAGUUCCCCCAUAGAAAUGAUGGAUAGAGAACGAGCAUCUAUACCAGAUCUACAAGUUUAAUUCAUUACAAAUAUAGUCC